CAGUUUAUAAACACAUGUUCAUCACACUUUUCACCAAAAUCCCUAACUUGGCCUCGGAAAUUUAUAAUUUAACUAAAUAGAAAAGAUUACUGUACAAAGUUUACACAUUAACAUACAAAUGGAACCCGAACAAAACUUUGCCAACUUUAGAGAACUAAUCAGCCAAAUUAAUGUUACCUAUAAAGAUUGUAAAUCUUCCCUUGGUCGUGACCCGAGCAAUAUUUCCAAGGAAUUAGAGUCCACCUACAUUGCGAAAUUGGUCCGUUUUGCCAGGAGCGAGAGUGAUGUUCACAAGUGUCUCCGAUAUCUCGAGGACAAAGUGCCUGGAGCCCAAGAUGGACAGUGGAUCGUCUUUAGUUGGGCCUAUGCUGAUAUCCUGCACAGAGAAAAUGGUCUUCUCCCACCUGGCGAAAGAUUCCGAAAAGUAAAGGAAUUCUUCACAUUUUGCAUCCAACACCACGCCAAGAAUUUACUCGAACUUCACGAGAUCAUGAUGAUGCUUGACCACACCGGAAAGAUGGGUCCACUUACGGAGGAAAUGGUUAAAAAAGAGGCGAAAAUAGGUUCCCCAACUUGCACAAUGGAGGAAAUCAUCCUCUCCCAGGCCAAGACUUUUGGAGUAAUCUUUCCGGAAUUGAAUCUCAUUGGGCCCAUUGCGUACGGAACGGCCCCCGUCAAACAGUCUAUUUCCGACUUUUACCCGAAUUUAGUACCCGUCAAGAAGGCUAACCCCGGGAGGAGGUCAAUUUUCGACAAGAAGGUAUCCACACCCCUCGAGGAAUUGAAGGAAGUCAUGUACCUUUACAUCCACUCGUCCACUGGUCUCGAGUUACUACCCUCCUUAAUUAAAAAAAUGGUGGGCAUGCCAAUUUUUUCCUUGAUGGGAAAAGACCCAGUCAUCACAAUUUGCGAAAUGUUGGACGAAAUGUGCAAAAGAGUUUUGCCUGAGCAGCACUCCGUCGUAGCGCUGGUUCUCCUCUGGGUAUACGUUGGCGCGUUAGAGCGGCGGAGGAUGUUUGACCCAGUGAAAUCCGUCAAUUUGGUGGACACCCGGCUCGAGGGGGUGUUUAAAAUUACGGUGGGGCAAGAUAAACAUGAGAAUCGUGAACAUAUUAUUAACCUGUGGAAUGCCAUUUUGUACUUGUCCCCUCGCAUGAGUGAAUUUCCCAUCACGUCCGCCUUCCUGCGCCAAACUUAUCCCGACUUGGACUUGCACCUCGGGCAGGAUCGAGUCAGCUACAAGCCGCACAAAUUCUUUGGCACGAUGGUGCGACGGAACGACCGUGGACAGGAAAAGGUUGCCACUUUUCCGGAAGUGGUGACAAGUUCACUGGCACAAGGGUUUCAUCAAUCCACACGGAAUAAUUCUCCUCCCCCCGUGCCAAAUGUUACCCCCGUACUCGAACUGGGAGAAGAAAGUGGUCACGAAACGGAUAAGAAAUCCAAGGAAUUGAUUGACUUGACAAAUUCCUCAGUUAAAAAUGAUCCCAAUAUGGACGUGGAUUUCGGGUCCCAAAAUCCCACGGUCCGAUCAGCACAAAAUUCAUCACCUUCGGAGCAGAUAAAUGUGAAUCUCGGGCCAGGUCUACAAGCGGACGUAAAAGGAUCUGGUCCCCGUGACGAACCGGAUUUACGUGGGCUGGGCUCACAUGGCGAAUUUGAUUUAAAUGGAUCAGGUCCACGUGACGAACUGGAUUUAAGUGGAUCAAGUCCACGUAACGAUCAGUGUGUAACGGGAUCCGACCAACCUGAUGUAAAAGGAUCACUUCCUUCUCCCUCUGACUCCGAUGUCCUGUUAUUCGUGACGGACCCAUACGCCAAAAUCAGACUGAAUCCGUCGCUCUUCCCUUCAGAAGGUGGUGGUUGGUCGGCGAGUACUCUUCUCCCUGUCGAGAAGAGAAAGAUGUCAGAGAAGAAGGGGGACGACCUUCCCGAUCCACAACAACCACUUCCGGUCCUGCCGCCAACGGCUCCGGAAGGCUGUACGGAAACCCUGCUCGGGAUCGACUUCACUCCAGACGAGUACCUGGAGCAGACGAUCGCAUACAAUUAUUACGCACAAGGGAUCAAACUGGUUGAUGGUGUUCGGCGAGUCGUGUUUUAUCACAAGGACAAUUUUUCAAGUGUUUUUAACUCAUAAAAAUAACUUCCUCUUUUCAAGAGUAAAUGUACUCUAAAUGCUACAUAUAUUACGUGACCGUAAAAACUAUGACUUUGUGGAUUAAUAAUUGCUGGAUGGUGAAAACAUUUCUUAUGGAUAUAUUUGUAUGUAUUUGUUCACUCUAUAAAUCCUGCGGUGAUGAUGUAUUAUUAAUGAAAAUGUAAAGUGUGUCAUACAAAUUCCUAUCAUUUUGAGACUACCUUAAUGAUUUUAUUUUUAAACACUCAUAUGUACAUACGCAUUAACAAAAUAAUAAAUAUCCGAUAACAUUGAUCAUUCAGGGUGCACCUGCAAUGUUAUUGAAUUUUAAUGAUUAA